AUGGAGUACCAGGGACAGCAGCAGCACGGCCAGGCCACGAACCGCGUCGACGAGUACGGCAACCCGAUCACCGGAGCCGGGCACGGUGGCUUGACCGGCGGCAUGGGAGGGCACGGCGGAGUCGGCACGGGCGCGGCUGCCGGAGGGCAUUUCCAGCCCAUGAGGGAGGAGCACAAGGCCGGCGGGAUCCUGCACCGCUCCGGCAGCUCCAGCUCCAGCUCGUCUGAUGAGGAUGAUGGCAUGGGCGGAAGGAGGAAGAAGGGCAUGAAAGAGAAGAUCAAGGAGAAGCUCCCCGGCGGCCACGGUGGUGAGCAGCAAGCCAUGGGCACCUACGGACAGCAGGGUCACACUGGCAUGACCGGCACCGGGGCCACCGGCGGCACCUACGGACAGCAGGGACACACAGGAAUGACCGGCGCCGCAGCGCAUGACACCAUGGCUACCGGCGGCACCUGUGGUCAGCAGGGGCACACUGGGAUGACCGGCACAGGGACGCACGGCACCGGCGAGAAGAAAGGCAUCAUGGACAAGAUCAAGGAGAAGCUGCCUGGCCAGCACUGA